UGAACGACGGUCAGUGAUCAUGACAUUGUAACAUUGUACGGUCAUGACUUGUGGCACUCACUCUUCAUGUCUCCUAGCAUAGCUUUCCGUAGAAAGGCGGACUUCUCAGGGCCGCCCUUGACGGGGCUAGUGAAGAUCAACGGCGCCAGUUCUUCAUCUUGGUCCACGACCAACGCAUCAUGGCUCCUAUGGAGUUGACUAGGUAAAGCGCAGGCGCCUUCUCGUCCAGCACUGACUCCUCAUCCUCCUCCAUGACGGAAGCUAAUCCCGCGGACUUGCGACGCGGCAACGGUCGCAACUCAAACGAGGUCGCUGUCGCGCCUCGAUCCGCGCCCGACGCCAACCUGACCCUCGUGGUGCCCCUCUGCCCCCGCACCCCCUUCCUCUCCCUCGCCCGCUCCGCCUUCCUCGUCGCCCUAACUUUCCUGACCGCCGCCUUCGCACUCGCUGUCUUCAACAGCGCCGCCCGCUCCUCGGACCUCUUCCUCUCCUUCUCCGCCUUCCUCGUCGCCUCCUCCGCUCGCCAUCGCCGCUUCGCCUCCGCUUUGAGUUCCAUCUCGCGUACCGUCAGACGUUCGUCCUGCACUAUCGUGACAUGCGCAGCCGUCUGGCCGAACAUGGAGAAAGUGCAGGAGACGAAGCUAAGGACGCGCAGGCACGGCUCGGAAAGAACGAAUGAAAACAUGAUGAGUUGUUUGUUGCUGAUCGCAGAGUCGUGAAAGAGUAUCGAGUUCGUCAAGAACAGUCGUCAGAGAAAAUCCGUCGUCGACGCUGGUCGUCUCAGGUUCGUGAAGGGGGGCAGAAAGCAGCCGCGCCUCGAGACUGUCGCUAGCGUUGCUUUAUGGCGCAGGUAGAGCCGAUCUAGAAACGCAUCAGAUUGGGUCCUCAUCGGCUCUGAGAC